GAAGAGUUGCUCAUGGAGCGGGAUCAACGGUGUAGAAACUCUUGUGUGAAGACAAAAGAGUUACUAAGUGAUUGGCACCCAAGAAAGCCCAGUGGACCCAGGGCAGGCAGAGCACCCAGCCUGCAAGCAACGUGGAGGCAGCUGCCGAGCCCCUGGGCACCCUGCUGGGCUGUGACACUCUUUCCCCUGGGAAGUGCAGUGUCCCUGUGACCUUGGAUUCAGCUGGCAUCCCCAGCCCGGAGCCACCAGAGUGUGGAGAAGAUGCAGGCACACCUCAUGCUUCUGCUCAUCGGCUCCUUCCUGACUCCGAUUGGUGCUUCCAUCUUGGGGCGCUGUGUAGUGGCCAAGAGGCUCCACGAUGGAGGCUUGGAUUACUUUGAGGGCUACAGCCUUGAAAACUGGGUGUGCCUGGCUUAUUUUGAGAGCAAGUUCAACCCCUCGGCUGUCUACGAGAACUCACAAUGUGGCUACACUGGCUAUGGCCUCUUUCAGAUCCGAGACAAUGAGUGGUGUGACCACGGCAAGAACCUCUGCAGAGUGUCCUGCACUGCUUUACUGAAUCCAAACUUAAAGGAUACAAUUGAAUGUGUCAAGAAAAUUGUGAAAGGAAAACAAGGAAUGGGGGCAUGGCCCACCUGGUCCAGGAACUGCCAUCUGUCAGACACCCUAGAAAGGUGGCUGGAUGGUUGUGAUCUGUAGCCACCUGGGUGUUCCUGCUGUGCUCACCAGCCAUGUCUUGUGACUAAGGAUGCUUUUCUGUUUGCUGCUCCGAUCCAUCCAGUUAUCUCACCGCUUGACAGCUCCAGAUGGAAAAGGACAAAAGUCCACUUCAUCCAGGGGUACAAGGUGCAGAAUAAACCAGCAAAUUACUCAA